AAUGAGCGCUACAAACGACGUCAGACAAAAAUGUUAUUGGUAUCCUUGAUAGAAUCUUUUUGCCGUAUCUAUGGUGAUAGUCCUGAUGCCAAUCGAAAAGUUUUCUUUCUUAUCUGUCAAACUUUGAAAUCUUUGGGAAUCAUUGAUACUGAAUUCAUUGAUGAAAUGGCUAGUGUUCGUACCACCUUCCAACGUACCUUCCACAAGUUAUUUUAUGCAGCUCUUCAUACUGUCCAAACUGAACCUUUUUUGGAUCAACCUCAUCGACGAAAGGCAUUAUUUGAUCUUAGUAUUCACCAUUCAAGGUAUCACGAUGAUUUUGUGGAACUCGGGUUAUUAGGACGAGGUGGAUUCGCCAUGGCUUAUCGGGUCAAGAACAAAUUGGAUGGAAUCGAUUAUGCUGUCAAGAAGGUUCAACUAGGACGCGAUUUACAACAAGGCAAAACACCCUACAAGAAAAUAUUCCGUGAAAUCAAACAUUUAGCAAGGUUAGAACAUCCAAAUGUGAUUCGAUAUUACGCGUCUUGGUUAGAAUAUGAUGCUGGUCAAGUCCAAAAUGAUGAAGACGAUGAAGAUGAAAAUGAUGAUGUCACUUAUGAAACUCCUCAACGAAAGCAGACAAAGGAAUUACUAUAUCAACAAGGUUCUAUUUCACAACCUGUUUCUCCUUCUACAUCAACCGAUAAGAAAAAAAUCACAGUACAUGGCGGAUGGACUUUAUUUAUUCAAAUGCAACUUUGUCAAACAACAUUACAUGAUUAUAUUGAAAUUCGAAAUCGUGACUAUGGAGUAGUAGAUCCAGAAAGAAAUAUUGCUUUGUUUACUCAAAUUUUACAUGGUACAGCAUAUAUUCAUGAACAAGGAUUGAUCCAUCGAGAUUUGAAACCAAGUAAUAUUUUCUUGACUUUAUCAGCGUCAACAUAUCCUUCGACAUCUGAUUCUUGUAUCUCUUCACGUAUCUUGUGGGAUGAAUGUAUACCAAAGAUUGGUGAUUUUGGUUUGGCGGCUGCUUUAGUAGAUGAAGAUUCAACGAUACAUGACACCACUUCACCACCAUCAUCAUCACCAACAACGAUAGUUCCACCUAUUUUAACCAAAUUGAAAACGGAAGAAUCAAGUUCAUCUAGUUCUUCAACAUCAUCAUCAAUGAUGAAUUUGAAAGAGGUGGUACAAAGUAGACGCCAUCGACGACCAGUACCAGCACCUUUACGACGCGCACAUACAAUCGGGAUUGGUACACGUACAUAUGCUUCACCUGAACAACUUUGUUAUUCUGGAAGGCCAUACGAUGAAAAGGUCGAUAUAUAUUCAUUAGGGAUCAUCUUUUUUGAACUCUAUCAACCUUUUACGACAUGGAUGGAACGAGCAGAUGCUAUUUCAAAUUUGAAGAAUGCAAUGUUACCAGAUGGAUUUGUGGAAAAAUAUCCAAAAGAGUCUGCUCUUAUAUUAUGGAUGAUGGAUCAUAAUCCUGAAAGAAGACCUAGUGUGAAACAAUUAUUGAAUUAUGAAUUAUUUACACAAACGCCAACUGUAAAUAUGAAACGAAUGGAAUUGGAACGACAAGACAUGCAACGGAAAUUGGAUGAAUUACAACAAAAAUUAGAUAGUGUAUCUUUAUAG